AUGAGAGAAACAGGAGAAGAGACAGUGGCGUGGAAGUACUUUAACAGAGAUGUUUUGCCGUUUGCUGCCAUGUUUGCAGUUGAAUGUGCAGCGGUUGGGUCAAACACACUGUACAAGGCUGCAACUUUAAGAGGAUUAAACUUCUAUGUCUUUAUCUUCUACUCUUACGCUAUCUCAACGCUUGUUCUUCUUCCAUUUUUCCUCAUCUUUGGAAGGUCAAGAAGAUUACCUUCAGCCAAGUCUCCUCUCUUCUUCAAGUUUUUCUUACUUGGUCUUUUCGGGUUCUUUGCGCAGAUGGCUGGUUUUAAAGGUAUAGAACAUAGUUCUCCUACUCUUGCCUCUGCUAUGAGCAAUCUCACUCCAGCUUUCACAUUCACCCUCGCUGUUAUCUUCAGGAUGGAAAAAGUAGUGUUCAGGAGCUCUGCGACUCAGGCUAAAAUCAUCGGAGCAAUUGUAUCUAUAUCUGGUGCUCUGGUUGUUGUGCUAUACAAAGGCCCAAAAGUUGUCUCUGCUACAUCUUUUACACCUUCUUCACCUAAGAAUUUGACUUCAUUGGAAUCAAGCUGGAUAAUAGGAGGCCUUUUGCUUGCUCUAGAGUAUUUUCUUGCUUCAGUCUGGUUUAUUCUUCAGACUCGGGUCAUGGAGGUACACCCUGAAGAAAUAACUGUAGUCUUCUUCUACUACUUAUUUGCAACGCUAAUCUCAGCACCAAUAUGUUUGUUUACGGAAAGAAACUUCACUUCUUGGGUGCUUAAACCUGAUAUUUCCCUCGCUGCAAUCAUAUACUCGGGAGUCUUUGUUUCGUUAUUCAGCUCAAUCACCCACACAUGGGGUCUGCAUCGGAAAGGUCCGGUUUACAUAUCAUUGUUUAGGCCAUUGUCUAUAGCGAUUGCAGUCGUUAUGGGUGCUAUAUUCCUCGGCGAUGCACUUCACCUUGGAAGUGUGAUUGGAUCAGUGAUAUUGUGCUUUGGAGUAUACGCUGUGAUUUGGGGCAAAGCAAGAGAGGAUGCAACAAAAACAGUAAGCGAUUCUGAGCAGUCACCUUUGUUGCCUACACACAACAAAGAAGAUGAUGACUCCUUGUCAUUAAGAUAG